UAAUGAUGAUAUUGAAAAACAACAACAACAAACAACAACAACUGAAGAUUAUAAUGAUUAUGAUGAUGAUGUUGUUGUCGAUGAUGAUGAUGAUGAUGAUGAAAAAAAAACUAUAUAUCAAAUACAAACAUCAUGGGCAGUGUUAAAACAAAUGUUAUUACCAUUUUUAAUUGCCGGUAUUGGAUCGGUAUUUGCUGGUGUUGUUUUGAAUGCUGUUACACAAUGGCCAGUAUUUGUUGAAAUACCACAAAUUUCAAUAAUGGUUACAGCAUUUUUAGGUCUUAUUGGUAAUAUUGAAACAACAUUAGCAUCACGACUAUCAACACAAGCAAAUCUUGGUCGUUUAGAUAAAUGGCAUAGUAUUUAUGAUAUUAUUUUUGGUAAUAUUAUGGUUGUACAAUGUCAAGCAUCAACUGUCGGUUUGUUUGCUGCAAUUUGUUCAAUAUUAAUAUCAUCGGUACGUGAAGAAACACGUGAAAAAUUAACAUAUGAUUCGAUAAUACUUUUAUGUUCAUCAUCUGUUUUAACAUCGAUUAUUGCAAAUACAUUGAUUGCAUCAAUAAUAAUUAUUGUUAUUAUUGUUGCACGUCGAUUAGGAAUUAAUCCAGAUAACAUAUCGACACCUGUUGCAGCAUCAAUGGGUGAUGUUUGUACAAUUAGUAUUCUAGCAUAUGUUAGUCAAUUUUUAUAUGAUCUGAAUCAUGGUAAAGAAAUUCAAAUAAUAUUAAUGUCAAUAUGUUUAUGCGUUGCACCGGUAUUUGGUUGGUUUGCCCGUCGUAAUCGUUGGACACGUACUGUUAUAUUGUCCGGUUGGACAGCAAUUCUUGGUGCCGUUAUUAUUGAACAACCUGGUGGUGUUGUAAUGGAAAAAGCAUUUCAAAAUUAUAAAGUUAUGUCAACAUUUCAACCAUUAGUUAAUGGUAUUGGUAGUAAUUUAGUUGGUAUACAAACAAGUCGAAUGUCAACAUUUUUACAUGCAUCAGCACCAAAAGGUUUAUUACCAACAACAAAUCCAACACCAUAUGUUAGUCCAUGGUUUGUUUUUCUAUCCAAAGAUCUACAUGCACGUAUGGCAAGACUUUUAAUGAUGGUUCUUAUUCCAUCACAUUUAUUUUUUAUUGCAAUUAUAUUUACAUUACAAAGUACAUUUGAUUUUCAAUUUAUUAUAACUGGACCAUUCAUGUCUGUUUAUAUAAUUGCUGUUAUUAUACAAUUAGCUUUAUUAUUAUAUUUAGCAUAUAUAUCGGUAUUUUGGGCAUGGAAAAAUCGUAUUAAUCCGGAUAAUUCAGCAAUACCAUUUACAUCAGCAUUAGCCGAUGUUUUUGGUAAUUGUUUAAUGGCUAUUGCAUUUACAUUAUUAAAAUGGAUUAAUGAUGAUAAUGCAAAUAUUAUGGAAAAUUCUUCAAUAGCAACAACAAUAAUUACAAAUUUUAAUGAUAAUAAUACUUCGACAACAAUGGCAACAAAAUUACUAAAUGAUUCAUUAAUCAUUUAUUAUCAUUGAAUUUUCAUGAAUCAUCAUCAUCAAUGUUUUUCAAAA